AUGGGUCGGUUCACUGAUAAAGUCGCAAUUAUUACUGGCUCCUCUAAUGGUAUUGGAAGAUCAACUGCUAUUAUUCUAGCGAAAGACGGUGCAAAAGUAACAAUUACUGGAAGAAAUGCUGAACGGCUUGAAGAGACAAAGCAGCAAAUUAUAUCCGCUGGUGUAAGUGCUGAUAAUAUAAAUUCAGUUGUUGCUGAUAUCACAACUUCUGCUGGACAAGAUCAAAUAAUCAAUUCAACUAUUCAAAAAUUCGGAAAAAUCGAUAUCCUCGUGAACAAUGCUGGCGCUGCAAUCACCGAUCCUUCUGGAUCAAGUGGACUCGCGCAAAACAUUUCAGUCUAUGACAAAACUUUUGAGCUAAAUGUGAGAAGUGUGAUCGAAUUGACACAAAAGGCGAAACCACAUUUGAUCGCAUCAAAAGGAGAAAUCGUAAAUGUUUCGAGUAUUGCAGCAAGCCCACAAUCAGUAAGUUAUUUCUCAACAAUUUUCUGGAUUUUUUUUCCAAAUAAAAAAUUUUUAGCAUCCAGACUUCAACUAUUACUCAAUGUCCAAGGCUGCCUUGGAUCAAUUCACAAGAAACAUCGCAAUCGAAUUAGUCAAAAGUGGAAUUCGUGUAAAUUGUGUAAAUCCAGGAUUGGUGAUAACCGGUUUCGCUCAAGCAAUGGGUGCACCAGUUGAAGUAUCAAGUAAACUCUACAGUUAUAUGGGAUCACAUCCCGAUUGUGUUCCGAUUGGUCGAGUUGGUCAACCAGAAGAUAUUGCAAAUAUUAUCGCCUUCUUAGCUGAUCGCUCCGCCUCAUUUUAUAUAAUCGGUCAAACGAUCACAGCCGACGGUGGAUCAACAUUAGUUAUGGCAAUGAAUACACACAAUCUCACUGAUCUUUUGCAAAACAAAUAA